CCGGAAGGGGCGGGGCGAGGCGAGCGGUCUGGUUGCGCGAUAUGGAUCAAAAACUUUCAAAGUUGGUAGAAGAGCUCACAACUUCAGGAGAACCCCAACUGAAUCCUGAGAAAAUGAAGGAACUGAAGAAAAUUUGCAAGUCCUCGGAGGAGCAGCUCGGCCAUGCCUACCACCUGCUGAAGGCCCAGCUGAGCCAGGAGCAUGCUGAGAUCCGCCUCUCUGCCUUCCAGAUCAUGGACGAGCUCUUUGCCAGGUCCCACCAGUUCCGGGUGCUGGUCGUCUCUGACUUCCAGGAGUUCCUGGAGCUCACGCUGGGCACCGACCACGAGCACCCCCUGCCGCCCCCCAGGGAGGUGGCCCAGAGGCUGAGGCAGGCUGCCACCCGGGCCAUCCAGUGCUGGAACGAGAAGUACGGCUUGGCCUACAAGAAGCUCGCCUUGGGCUACCACUUCCUGAGACACAGCAAGCAGGUGGAUUUUCAAGAUGUGAAUGCGAGGACUCUGGCAGAGAGAAAGCGAGAAGAGGAGAAGCAAAGGCGCUUGGACAGAAUCUACAGGGAGAGGUCCGAGCAGGCUGCGAGGGAGAUGGAGGAAAUGUCCGAGGAAAUCCGGUGCUGCCUCACGGAGGUGGAGAGCUGCUUCAGGCUGCUGGUGCCGUUUGACCUGGCUCUGAGCCCUGGGGCCACCGUGCCUGCCAUGGCCUCCAGCGUGUCUGAGGAGGGUGGCCCUCGCCAGCCUGGCGCCCCCGGCCACGAGGACGAGGAGCAGCCAUGCUGCAGCAAGACCUUGCCUGCCUGUGCACGUGGUCCAGGAGCUGUCGGCAGGGAGGGACCCCCCUGGGCCACCACGGGGGCCCCCUGGGAUGACGAGGAGGAGGAUGAGGACGAGGACAGCGACGAGGAAGGGUUUGUGCGGAGCCACGGACUGGGCUCCCACAAGUACACGCUGGACGUGGAGCUCUCCUCAGACAGCCUGCGGGUGCGGGAGGACGAGGACAACUGCGCCGUCAUCCACUCGGCCCGGGAUGCACUCAAGCUCAUCCGCAACAAGUUCCUGCCGGCCGCAUGCUCCUGGGUGCAGCUGUUCACCCGUGCAGGGACCCAUGGUGGCCACUUAGAGAGCGCCAUUGACCUGAAGGCGGAGUUGGAAACUGCACUGAGGAGAUCCGGGGAGCUGGACAUCAAGCCCGAGGGGGCGCGCAGAAGGGAGACGGCAGCCCUGGGGGACGAGGAUGAGGAUGAGGACGACCAGGACUUUGUGGAGGUCCCGGAGAAGGAGGGGUACGAGGCCUGCAUCCCCGACCACCUGUGGCCUGAGUACGGGCUAAGGAAGGACCCAGCCGCACAGGACUUGCAGGCGAGGAAGGGGACGAGGAGUGACGAGGAGGCGUGCGACCCCACCUCUGCUGCUGCCCAGCUGCAUCGUCUCCGGGGCCGCUGGUCCUCGUCCCUGCCCCGAAGCCCCAGGGCACCGCUGGGACCAGAGGAGGCUGCAAAGCUGGCGGCAGAGCGGGCCCGGGCGCCCAUCGUGCCCUUCGGAGUGGACCUGUGCUACUGGGGCCAGGAGCAGCCGACAGCCGGGAAGAUCCUCAAAUCUGACUCCGAGCACCGCUUCUGGAAGCCCAGCGAGGUGGAUGCAGAGGUGAACAAUGCUGCCGUCUCGGAGAUGCUCCGCAGCCGCCAUAUCACCUUCGCAGGGAGGUUUGAGCCCGUGCAGCACCGGUGCCGUGCCCCAAGGCCCGACGGCCGGCUCUGCGAGCGCCAAGACCGGCUGAAGUGCCCGUUCCACGGGAAGAUCAUCCCAAGAGACGACGUGGGCCAGCCCCUCCAUCCGGAGGACAGGGCCCGGGAGCAGAGGCAGCAGCUACAGAGGCAGGCGGGGCGCCCAGACUGGCAGGACCCAGAGUUUAUGAGAGAUGUGGAGGCGGCCACGGGGGUGGAUCUCGGCGCGUCCAGGUCCAGCAGGAGAGGCAAAGGCAAGAGGAGGAAGCACCCUGGCCUCACUGACCUGAAGCGGCAGGCCGACACCGCCCGCGCCCGCAUCUCGAAGAAAGUCUUCGCUAAGGCAGCCGUGCAGAGGGUGGUCACAGCCAUGAACCAGAUGGAUCGGAAGAAGCAUGAGAAGUUUGCAAACCAGUUCAACUAUGCACUGAAUUAGAGGGCCGGGCCACGUGUGCUGCGGUCCCCUCUGGUCAUCCACUCCUCUUCUCCCUCUGCCAGCGCACUAGGAUGGGAGAGCAGAUGCGGGUCUGGGCAGUAACCAGGGCCACUAUCACUGCUUAUAUUUAAUGUGCGGCAAUGGUGCAUAUUCUAAUUAAAAUGCCCCAGAGUUAUGGUCUCUC